CCGUUGGGUGGGGCCAGAAAACCGUUGGGUGGGGCCAGGAAACCGUCUGGUGGGAUCUCCACAGCUGCUUUUCACCUGCUGUCCUGCCUGUGCUUCCUUAGAGGAAGAAUCAAUGCCGCGGGUGGAAUCUGAGCCCGAGACGUGGCCGGAGCAGAAGCCCAACCUCACCAAGCGGGACUCCGAGACCGGGACAGAGUGGGACUGGGAAUUUGAGGACUCAGAAUCGGAGGGCAAGCAGCCACCCACGGGACCCCCCGCACCCCCAGGAUCCCUGGCGUCGGAGGGGGACGAUGCACCAUCCCUGCCGUCGGAGGGGAAGGAUGCACCACCCCUGCGGACGGACGGGGACGAUGCACCCCUGCCGGAGGGGGACAAUGCAACCCCUCUGCCGUUGGAGGGGGACAAUGCACCCCGCCUGCCGUCGGAGCCGGACGUUGCACCCCGCCUGCAGUUGGAGCGGGACGAUGCGCCCCUGCCGGAGGAGGAAAGCCCCGAGCCGGUAGCCGUCUGCGGUCACCGGCGCCGCUGUCACACCGACUGCCUAGAGGCGCCGCUGUCCCGCGCCUUCCAGUGGCUGGGAUGGCAGGUGGGCGCGCACCCCUGGAUCUUCCUGCUGGCGCCCUUGAUGCUGACGGCCGCGCUGGGCACCGGCUUCCUGUACCUGCCCAAGAACGAAGAGGAAAACUUAGAGUACCAGUACACCCCGGUGGGGAGCCCGGCCAAGGCAGAGCGGCGCUUUGUGCAGAACCAUUUCACCACCAACGACUCCUACCGCUUCUCCCCCUCCAGGAGGAGCACGGAGACCAAUUUCAUCUCGAUCCUGGUGGUCUCCCACAGCGACUCACUGCUGGACCCGGCCACCUUUACAGAAGUCAGCAAACUGGACAGCGCGGUACAGGAUCUGCGUGCGGCGCAGGAAAACGGAAGUCAGAUCCAAUACCAACAGGUGUGCGCGAGGCACAGGGCGCUCUGCGUGCCCCCCAAUCCGCUCCUGCACGCCUGGCAGGUGAACAAAACGCUCGACCUGAGCAGCAUCUCCUUCCCCAUCUACAACCACAGUGGACAACGCCUCUACCUGACCGGCUUCUUCGGAGGACACAUCUUGGGGGGCAGCCUAGGAAUGGGCCAGUUACUCCUGCAGGCCAAAGCCAUGCGGCUGCUGUACUACCUGAAGACCGAGCUCCCUGAGGACGACGUGCAGAGCAAGCAGUGGAUCAUCCAUUUCCUCGACCAAUUAAACAACAUUAAGAACAGCCUGGCCUUGGAGAAAAUUGAGGUGGUCCACUUUACAUCGGUUUCCAGACGACUGGAAUUUGAGGCAACUUCUGAGACAGUGGUCCCUUUGUUUCACCUGGCGUACAUCUUCAUUAUACUGUUUGCAGUCACAUCAUGCUGCAGGUUUGACUGCAUACGAAACAAAAUGUGUGUUGCAGCCUUUGGAGUGAUUUCUGCUUUCUUGGCAGUGGUGAGCGGCUUUGGCCUGCUCUUGCACAUUGGGGUGCCAUUUGUCAUCAUAGUUGCCAAUUCGCCAUUUCUUAUUCUAGGUGUUGGGGUCGAUGACAUGUUUAUCAUGAUUUCUGCCUGGCAUGAGACCAGCCUCGCAGAUGACAUACGACAGCGGAUGUCCAGUGUCUAUUCCAAAGUGGCAGUAUCCAUUACAAUCACCACCAUUACUAACAUCCUGGCCUUCUAUACAGGGGUUAUGAGCUCUUUUAGGUCCGUACAAUAUUUUUGCAUCUAUACAGGAACAAGCCUGUUAUUUUGCUAUUUUUAUUCCAUCACCUGUUUUGGAGCAUUUAUGGCCUUGGAUGGUAAAAGAGAAGUAGUCUGCUUACGCUGGUUGGAAAAGUCUGACCCAAAAUGGUCCUCAUUUAAAAAGUCCUGCUGUUUCCCCUUUGGUUCUGUUCCAGAUGAACAUGGAACUGAUAGUCAUCCAGUGACUUUGUUUUUUAGAGACUAUUUUGGCCCUUUGCUCACAAGCACUGAGUCCAAGUUUUUUGUAGUCUUUCUAUACAUUUUGUACCUCACAAGCAGUAUAUAUGGGUGUUUCCAAGUGGAGGAAGGUUUAGACCUUCGAAAUCUGGCAAGUGAUGAUUCCUACAUCACACCAUAUUUUAAUGUAGAGGAAGGUUAUUUUUCAGAUUAUGGCCCCAGGGUUAUGGUUAUUGUUACUAAAAAAGUUGACUACUGGGAUAAAGAUGUUAGGCAAAAACUGGAAAACUGUAUUAAAAAUUUUGAAAAAAAUUACUAUAUAGAUGGAAAUUUUACAGAGUUUUGGUUAAGUGCAUAUGUGCAAUAUUUAAAAGGUAAGAGCCAAGAUCCUAAUGAUAAGAAUACUUUUAUGAAUAAUAUUCCUGAUUUUUUUAGCAAUUUUCCAAAUUUUGAGUAUGAUGUUAAUAUUUCAUCAUCAAAUGAAAUCAUUUCUUCCCGGGGCUUCAUUCAGACAACGGAUGUUUUUUCCUCAAAGGAUAAGAAAAUAAUGUUAUUCCAAUUACGAAGCAUAGCUGAAGACUGUCAAAUUCCCCUAAUGGUGUAUAACCAGGCAUUUAUAUAUUUUGAUCAGUAUGCUGCAAUAGUAGAAAACACUGUUCGAAAUGUCAUGGUGGCAUCGGCAGCUAUGUUCAUUGUUUCCUUAUUGUUAAUUCCUCAUCCAAUGUGUUCCUUGUGGGUGACUUUUGCUAUUGGUUCUGUGAUUGUAGGAGUAACGGGUUUCAUGGCAUUCUGGAAAGUUAAUCUUGAUUCCAUAUCCAUGAUUAAUCUUGUCAUUUGUAUAGGGUUUUCUUUCGAUUUUUCUGCACACAUUUCCUAUGCAUUUGUUUCUAGUCCUCAGCCCUCAGUAAACCAAAAAUCAAUUGAGGCGUUAUAUCUUCUAGGCUACCCAGUGUUACAAAGUGCAGUUUCAACGAUAAUAGGGGUGUGCGUUUUAGCUACGGCAAAAGCAUACAUCUUCAGAACAUUUUUUAAGAUUAUGUUUCUUGUUAUGGUAUUUGGGGCUGCUCAUGGCCUAAUUUUUAUUCCAGUAUUCUUGACCUUUUUUUGA